AUGGCGUCGAAUAGGCCAGCAGCAUUCAACAACCUGCGGAUGGGAGAAGUAAUCCGCGAAAAGGUCCAAGACGGCAUCACCGGCGAGACCCGCGACUUACAGUACACCCAGUGCAAGAUUGUCGGCAACGGGUCCUUUGGCGUAGUGUUCCAGACGAAGCUGUCGCCAUCAAACGAGGAUGCGGCCAUCAAGCGGGUCCUGCAGGACAAGAGGUUUAAGAACCGCGAGCUGCAAAUCAUGAGGAUCGUGCGGCACCCCAACAUCGUGCAGCUGAAGGCUUUCUACUACUCAAACGGGGAGCGCAAAGACGAGGUCUAUCUGAACCUCGUGCAGGAGUUCGUCCCAGAGACCGUGUAUCGGGCGUCGCGGUUCUUCAAUAAGAUGAAGACGACCAUGCCUACCCUCGAAGUCAAGCUCUACAUCUACCAGCUUUUCAGAGCCUUGGCCUACAUCCACUCGCAGGGUAUCUGCCAUCGCGACAUCAAGCCCCAGAACCUCCUCCUAGACCCCACCACCGGAGUCCUCAAGCUCUGUGACUUUGGUAGCGCCAAGAUCCUGGUCGAAAACGAGCCGAACGUUUCGUAUAUCUGCUCACGAUACUACCGCGCCCCGGAAUUGAUUUUCGGCGCGACAAACUACACAACUAAGAUUGAUGUGUGGUCAACCGGCUGUGUCAUGGCGGAGUUGAUGUUGGGGCAACCGCUCUUCCCCGGAGAGUCGGGUAUCGAUCAACUCGUCGAGAUCAUCAAGGUCCUGGGCACGCCGACUCGCGAGCAGAUUCGAACUAUGAACCCGAACUACAUGGAGCACAAGUUUCCCCAGAUCAAGCCUCAUCCGUUCAACAAGGUGUUCCGGAAGGCGGAUGCGAAUGCCAUCGAUCUGAUCGGCCGCUUGCUCGAGUACACCCCGACGGAGCGCCUGGCCGCCGUCAAUGCGAUGGUUCAUCCGUUCUUCGACGAGCUCCGCGAUCCCAACACCAGGCUUCCGGAUUCGAGGCACGGAACAGGCCAAGUCCGUGAUCUCCCUGCCCUGUUCGACUUCUCACGCCAUGAGUUGUCGAUUGCCCCCCAUCUAAACGACCAGCUCGUCCCUCCCCACAUGAUCCCGGUGCUCAUGGAGAGGGGUCUCGAUAUUAGCAACUUCACACCCAUGGCGAAGCAGGAGAUGAUGGCGAAGUUAGAUUGA